AAGCAACAAUAUGGCUGACUACUAGCUUCCGAGUACACUAUCAUUACACAAAGAUACAAUGCUAUAGUUAGCAGAACUAUAUGUGUGUUAUUUGAGUGACUAUUUAUAAGACAGAACCUUACUAUAGGAUUAUAGCUACUUGAUCAAAAUUUACCAUGCCUCCUAAAAAGAAAGGAAGCGGAAAGAAAGGUAAAGGCAAGAAAAAAGGAACAGGAAAAAAACAGGUGCCCCCGACUGCUGCGCCAAAAGCUGAAGAGGAAACAAAAGAAUUUUUUCUCAUACAAAUAAAAGACCUAGAAGGUAGAUUAUUGAGAUAUCAAAAACGCUGUGAUGAGCUGGAAGUGGCCAAUGGACAGUACCAGGAAAAAUAUGACCAGAUGUCCUCAGACAAAAAGGAGAUUGUCUCUUUUUGGAAAAAACAAGUGGAGAUUAAAACUGAUGAAAUAGUUGAUUUAAAUGAACGUUUGAUUGGCCUCCAACAAUUACGAGACAAUGAACGAGAAACCUUCAAAAAGCAAAUACAGGAGCAGAGAACAGAGUUUCAAGAAAUGAAAGAUCAGCUUACAGCUGAGAAUAUGAUUCUUGGAGGUAAGCUUGCUUCACUGGAAGAAUUUAAGCUCCAAAAGGAAGAGUUGAUGAACAAAUUUGCUAUGAUGGAAGCUGAGCUGUCAAGACGGGAAGAUGAGUACCAGGAUAAAUUGUAUGCAUUAGAGAAGAAGGCAGUCAUUGAUAAAGACAGACUUAAAAAAGAAAUGAUUUUACGAGUGAACCAGGUGGCCGCAGAAUUUCGUAAAAUCAGUAACAAACAAAUGGCAGAAACAACCAAACGAACAAUUAGAGAGAAUGUCUCUAUAACAUCCCAGCUGGCAAAGAUGUCUGACAAGACAAUUGAGUUGAUCAAAGAGAAUGAUAGCCUGGAGGAGAAAGUGAAGAAACUCAAGCAGCAGGUUGAACUGCUGGAGGCUAAUGAAAAAGAACUUGGAAAGAAAAACCAAAGCAAUAUGAAGAUUAUCAAGUUUAUGACUGAAAAAUGUCAAAGUCAGGAAGAAACAAUAGCAGAGUAUGCUAAAAAAGAAGAGAACUAUGUAGAGGUGGAAUCUGACAUAGAAUUAUUGAAACAAGAGGUUGAUAAGUACAGUACUGAAUUACAAGUAGCGACAAGAGACAAUAAUGUGUAUGAAGAAAUGGUUCAGAAAUUAGAAGAAGAAAAUCACAAAGAACGCAAAUUGAGGACAAAAAUAGAGGAUAUUUUAGCAAAAGCUUCUAUAGCAAUCAAAAAUGUUUUGAUAGAAGACCCAGAUGCCAGUCCAGAUGACAGAAUUGAAGAUCUAUACAAGAGGGAAUACCUGCUGGAGAACCUGCUGGUGCUAAUGAACAGCGCGGCCAAUCUUGGCAUUGGUGCGCAGAUAAGUGAUCUAGGGAAAACUAACUCUGAAGCUACACCUGUCGUAUUGCCUGGUCCAUCUAAGCCAAUAACCAAAAAAGAUUUCCCUGAAAUCAAAGGCUCGCUUCCACAUUAUUCACUUGGUGACCUGGGGCUAAUACCAAGACCAAACCAGCAAAUCCCCACCAGCUUGGACAAAAUAAAAGUUUCCUCAAAACAAAAUAAACUAGGCACGUUGCGUGGCGUCCUCUCCAAGUCAGUGGCUACACAGACCUCCAGUGGGGCCAAUACAAUACUGUAUGCAGCGCAAUAUUUUGGGGCGCCAAGCAUGAAUGAAAUGAAACAAUCAAGUGCAGGAAAACCUUCUGGACUCAGCCCAUUACCUGUCCCUAAAAAAAUUGUUGAAAGUAUGGCGUGAGAUGGCAAGAAAACAAAUUCUCGCAUGAAGUAACAUAUCAACAACUUGUUAUUUUAACUCAACUCAAACAAUUUUUGCCAUUUUUUGUGAAAUUAGCUUAUAUUUCAACACAUUUUUGAUUCACUAUUUCUUGAAUUUCUACAAAAAGUUUUUUUUUGUAAAUUAUUGCUGUAAAAUGUGCUAUAUUUAAAAAUUGUUUUGUAAAUAUAAUUCAAUGUAAUAAUAAAAGUAAAGUUGCUUCUCGAACCUGAUGGCCCAUGGGGCAAGUAAAGUAGAGUUUACCUGUUUCAAUGUGGAUUAAAAUAUUUCAAUGAUCGUCUUCAUAAAUAAAUAUUUUCUCCCGCUAAUUACAUUAAAAAACAUGAUCAAACAUUCUAAAAAACCUUAAGCAGAUGGUUUGAACCUCCAUUAAAACACUAUAAUUGCACUUUUCAGAAAAAAAAACCUUAAUGGUUAUUGAUAUUUCAAAUAGUUUGAAUCUCACUUAUAGGUUUCUUUUUUAAAAACCUUUUGUUUCUUUUUAAAAGAUCUUUCUAAAAUGUGUCUAAUUUAUUUUGAUUACUGUGUUUCAUUGACUAAAAUGUUGAAAAACUUUUAAUGUGGCACUGCUUUUCCAAAUUUGUGUUGUUAGAUUUAUAUUCAUAAAGUGCUCUUGACCUUUCUUGAUAAGUGUGUGUGUAUUUGCUACAAUAAAGGAACAGCUUCGACUUCAGAUAUUAAGAUAAACCAAACGUUUGCAAUUUUACAAAUAAAAGAUUUUGUCAGGUUUAAAAAAAAAACAUAGUUAGAUUUUUUUUAUGACAUCAAGGAUUAUGAGGCUUCCAGCUGAAGUAGAAACAAAGCUUGAUUUUAAAGAUUUAUAAAACAUCACUUUUAAAUUUUGUUUCUCAUCUGUAAAUAGAAUUCUCCUAAUUUUUAGCAAACCUAUUGAAUAUAACACUUUUUAGUCUAUUUUAAUCUUUCGGCUGAUUUCAUGUCAUCACAAGGCUGCUUAUUAUUUAUCACAAGGAAAAUAAACAUUUUAAAAUUGAAUGGUUGAAAAAAAUUUUUGUUUUACUCACAGAAGAUUUGGUUGAAUAAAAAUAAGCAUCUACAU